CACCUAAGCCCAUUCAGCCUUUCGUAUUCGUACUAAGAUACGAUUGCUAUUAGUUUUAUAAAAUAUCGAAUUAUUGUUAUAAUGAAAAUGCAUUAUUUUCAAAAAACUUGGAGCUUACUUUUUCUGUUUGUUACGUUAGCAAAAUGUCGUGCAAAGGAGGAUGUAAAAUUAAACAUAAAACAGGGUACGUUAUCAGGAUUAAGAAAACAAACGUUUUUGAAUGAUAAAGCAUAUUAUUCGUUUACGGGAAUACCUUUUGCCAAGCCGCCGCUUGGUGCUCUAAGGUUUCAGCCACCUCAGUCUCAUGAAGGAUGGGAAGGCAUACUAAAUGUCCACGAUGAAAAACCAACAUGUUUCCAAGUCAGUUUUAGAAUGAGAAAUAAUGAGCCGCCUGGCUUCUCCGGCACUGAGGAUUGUCUCUUCUUAAAUGUUUACUCACCUGACAUAGAAAGUUCUGCUCCUGUAGUCGUUUUCGAUUACAAUGAUAAUUUCAAAACUGGCUUUAAUGGAUCACAAACAUAUUCACCAGACUUUUUCAUUGAAGAGGGAGUAAUAGUUGUCAAUAUCAAUCACCGGCUGGGUAUUUUCGGUUAUUUAACCACAGAAGAUGAUGUUAUACCCCCUAACGCAGGUCUACGAGACUUCAUUUUAGGUCUAGCAUGGAUCCAAGAUAAUAUAAAGGCGUUUGGGGGUGACCCAAAACGUGUGACCGUUAUGGGAAGUCGUGGGGGUGCAGUAAUAGCUAAUAUCUUACUACAUUCAGAGAAGGCCAAAGAUUUAUUUUCUUCUGUAAUAUUACAGAGCGGAUCAGCAAUGGAAUCUAUGUACUUUGAUAAUAGUCCUCGAGAGAAAGCAUUUAAAAUUGGAGAACUACUAAACAUUACGACAGACGAUUCGAAAAUCCUAUUUGAAAAGCUGCAAUUAGUAGAUGCUAAUACUUUGCUCUCUCUCGAAGGAAACGUUUUGGAUGACAGAGUUAUGACUGAUCUGCAGUUAAGCAUUGACACUUUUUCACCAACUAUUGACAAAAACACUAAAGACGCUGUGAUUGCAACUAUUCCUGAAAAAGCUAAUAUAGUUAAUGAUGUUCCCGUGUUAGUGGGAUUUAACUCACGAGAAGGACUAGACUUAGCGUCGCCUUACCUAAUGGAACCACGGAUGGUUAAAGAUAUUAAAAACGCUUUAUUUCUGUUCCCAAUAAGGGUCGAUUUCCAUUUUGAUCGCAAUAGUAGUAUAUUUCAUAACGCACUAAGUGAAGUCCUACAUUUCUAUUUGAAAGAUGGAUAUUUGCAUUACAAUAAUAUUUUAGAUUACGCUGUGUAUAUGGGUGAUCUAUUUCAGAAUUAUGCAUUGCAUACAGCUGCAAAGAAAUUAUCUAGCGAUCUGAAAUCCGAAGUUUACUAUUACUUAUUUGAUUAUAGAGGACUAUUUAAUGAAAAUAGCGAAUACAUAUCUAGAUUUUUAAGAUUCAGCAUGGAGCACUGGGGCGCAACAAUUACUGAUGAACUCUGUUAUUUACAUUUGUGCACACGAAUUAAGAAGACGUACAAUCAAUAUAAAAAGUUGCCCAGUGAGCAACCUGAGUUUAAGGUGUUGAAGAAGAUGGUCAGGAUGUGGACUAAUUUUGCGAAAUACGGAAAUCCUACGCCCAAUGAAAAUGAUGGCAUUUUGAAGGCUACAAAGUGGUUACCGAUGGAUAAAAAAGGUGAUUCGAAUUACCUCCAUAUAUCGAAAACGUUAAAAAUGAAAAAGAAUCCUUUGGGUAAACGAUCGGAAUUUUGGGACGAGUUCUUAAAUAAAUACAGGCAAAUGACAAAAGAUGGUACGGCGGGACACGAAGAAAUACGUCAUAUUGAAUUGUAAUUUAUAAUUAAGUAAUGCUAAGCAACAGUGUUUUACAAGUCUCAAAAAAUGUUUGAAAAAUAUAUGUACACCUACAUCGCAAUUCUUCGAUCUAGUAUUGUCAAUGCUGCUAUCUAGCGAUGGAGUAAGGAUAGCACGGAUUUACUUAUUACCAACCAUAUCGUCUUGUUGAAAAUAUAAACACUUUAGUUUGAGACUAAGCUGCUAGAUGGCAGUGUUUUCAAUAUAAUUUUAUUAAAAUUUAUUAAGUUUUAUUUGUAUCAAUAUUAAAAGAACAUUGAAAAAAGUUAAAAGACUUAUGCCUUAUGUACUUAAGCGAAAGCUUCAUGCCUUAUGCGAGUGGAAAUUAAAAGUUCACUUUAGAUGU